GCUCACAAUAAAAAACACAACGAUAUAAUCAGAAUUCUGCUUAAAAAAUAAAACCUAGCGAUAAUAAUAGUCAUACUGCUAAAUACUAAUACUACUUCUUCUUUGUUCCAAGAUCUAUAGUACUCAUGCAUUCAUCAGUUUCAGGGAUUCACGGCAAUCUUCUUGAAGUUACAGUUGUUGGUUGUAAUAAGUUGAAAGAUACAGAAUGGAUUUCGAGACAAGAUCCUUAUGUGCUUCUUGAAUAUGGAAGCAGUAAAUCUAGAACAAGAACUUGUACUGAUGGAGGUAAAAACCCUACUUUCCAAGAGAAAUUUAAUUUCACACUAAUUGAAGGACUUCGAGAGAUUAAUGUUGUGGUCUGGAAUAGUAAUACUCUCAAGGAUGAUGACUUCAUUGGCAGUGGAAAAGUUCAACUCCAAAAAGCUCUUUCUCAAGGUUUUGAUGACUCAACUUGGCCAAUACAAAGUGGAAGGGGCAGACACACUGGAGAAGUUCGUCUUAUAAUUCAUUACUCCAAUUUUGGUAAACAUGGAACAGCUGGUGCACCAUCAGCACCACCCUAUAUGCAUGCUCCACAUAGCACAGGUUAUGGUGCUCCUUCUGUGCAAACUGCACAUUAUCCUUCAGCAGUGCCCUACUCAACUGCGCCUUCAUAUCCCUCCUACCCACCAAAUCCAUCAGCUUAUCCACCAUCUUCUUACUAUCCUACUCCGCCAGCCGCCUAUCCUCCCCAACCAAAUGCCUAUCCUCCCCAACCAAAUGUCUAUCCUCCACAGGCAUACCCUCCUCAACAGCCUUAUCCACCUCCACCACAGGCUGCCCCAUAUUAUCCACCAGCCCCUUAUCCAUAUCCUCAGCCACCCAGAUAUUGAUAUGCAGUCAAUUUGCGCCCAGUGCUUGCUCAAGUGAAGAUCGGGUACUCUGAUCACUCAUAAUGUGUACAUUGCUUUGCUAGAUGUCUGACUUCAUACUGCUUUGGUUGUAUAAUAUUUUAUGACUGCUUCUAGAUAGUGAUUUUCCACGCUACACAUUUCAGCCGACUUGUGAAUUCAUAUGCCUUCUUUAUAACUUUAUCUCUUUUUUCCUUUCUUUUGUGCUUAUAAAUAUAUAAACCACGAAGGUACUUUCUUUUGUGCUUAAAUUAAAAAUAUGUUGAGCAUAGCC